AUGAAGAAAAUGUUUAAAAAUUUGAUGAAAACUCUUCAGAAAAGUUUUGCGCAGGAAGCACCUGCAGGAAGGCUUGCGCAAAUUAUCUUAAGCAGGAAUAACAUGGUGAAUUUUAAAAGAUCGUUUAAGCUUUGUCAAAAUGGCCUUCUCGAUCUCAUUAUUACUGAUAAAAAUUAAUUGGUGCUUUUAAUGAAAAUUAGGAUUUACAUUUUGAGUAAUUUAUAUUAUAAUUGCUUUAAAUUACCAUUAAACAAUGUAAUGCUCAUUAAUUAAAUUUACUUGUGA